CAGCGGAGGAGGCGAGGAGCGCCGGGUACCGGGCCGGGGGAGCCGCGGGCUCUCGGGGAAGAGACGGAUGAUGAACAAGCUUUACAUCGGGAACCUGAGCCCCGCCGUCACUGCCGACGACCUCCGGCAGCUCUUCGGGGACAGGAAGCUGCCCCUGGCGGGACAGGUCCUGCUCAAGUCCGGCUACGCCUUCGUGGACUACCCCGACCAGAACUGGGCCAUCCGCGCCAUCGAGACCCUCUCGGGUAAAGUGGAAUUGCAUGGGAAAAUCAUGGAAGUUGAUUACUCAGUCUCCAAAAAGCUCAGGAGCAGGAAAAUUCAGAUUCGAAACAUCCCUCCUCACCUGCAGUGGGAGGUGUUGGAUGGACUUUUGGCUCAGUAUGGGACAGUGGAGAAUGUCGAACAAGUCAACACAGACACAGAAACUGCCGUUGUCAACGUCACAUAUGCAACAAGAGAAGAAGCAAAAACAGCCAUCGAGAAGCUAAGCGGGCAUCAGUUUGAGAACUACUCCUUCAAGAUUUCCUACAUCCCGGAUGAAGAGGUGAGCUCCCCUUCGCCCCCUCAGCGAGCCCAGCGUGGGGACCACUCUUCCCGGGAGCAAGGCCAUGCCCCUGGGGGCUCUUCUCAGGCCAGACAGAUUGAUUUCCCGCUGCGGAUCCUGGUCCCCACCCAGUUUGUUGGUGCCAUCAUCGGAAAGGAGGGCUUGACCAUAAAGAACAUCACUAAGCAGACCCAGUCCCGGGUAGACAUCCAUAGAAAGGAGAACUCCGGGGCUGCAGAGAAGCCUGUCACCAUCCAUGCCACGCCAGAGGGAACCUCUGAAGCAUGCCGCAUGAUUCUCGAAAUCAUGCAGAAAGAGGCGGAUGAGACCAAACUAGCUGAAGAGAUUCCUCUGAAGAUCUUGGCCCACAAUGGCUUGGUUGGAAGACUGAUUGGAAAAGAAGGCAGAAAUUUGAAGAAAAUUGAACACGAGACAGGGACCAAGAUAACAAUCUCAUCCUUGCAGGAUUUGAGCAUAUACAACCCUGAAAGAACCAUCACUGUGAAGGGCACAGUUGAGGCCUGUGCCAAUGCUGAAAUAGAGAUUAUGAAGAAGCUGCGUGAGGCCUUUGAAAAUGAUAUGCUGGCUGUUAAUCAACAAGCCAAUCUGAUCCCGGGGUUGAACCUCAGCGCACUUGGCAUCUUUUCAACAGGACUGUCCAUGCUGCCUCCGCCAGCAGGGCCCCGAGGAGCUCCCCCCGGUCCCCCCUACCACCCUUUCACUACCCACUCCGGAUACUUCUCCAGCUUGUACCCCCCUCACCAGUUCGGCCCGUUCCCGCAUCAUCACUCAUAUCCAGAGCAGGAGAUUGUGAAUCUCUUCAUCCCAACCCAGGCUGUGGGUGCUAUCAUCGGGAAGAAAGGGGCGCACAUUAAACAGCUGGCCAGAUUCGCCGGGGCCUCCAUCAAGAUUGCCCCAGCAGAAGGCCCAGACGUCAGUGAAAGGAUGGUCAUCAUCACCGGCCCACCUGAAGCCCAGUUCAAGGCCCAGGGGCGGAUCUUUGGGAAACUGAAAGAAGAAAACUUCUUUAACCCCAAAGAGGAGGUGAAGCUGGAAGCCCACAUCCGAGUGCCCUCCUCUACAGCUGGCCGUGUGAUCGGCAAGGGUGGCAAAACCGUGAAUGAACUGCAGAACUUAACCAGUGCAGAAGUCAUUGUGCCUCGUGACCAAACGCCAGAUGAAAAUGAGGAAGUGAUUGUCCGAAUUAUCGGGCAUUUCUUUGCCAGCCAGACUGCACAGCGCAAGAUCAGGGAAAUUGUACAACAGGUGAAGCAGCAGGAGCAGAAAUAUCCUCAGGGAGUUGCCUCACAACGCAGCAAGUGAGGCUCCCACAGGCACCAGCAAACAACGGAUGAAUGUAGCCCUUCCAACACCUGACAGAAUGAGACCAAACACAGCCAGCCAGAUCGGGAGCAAACCAAAGACCAUCCUGAGGAAUGAGAAGUCUGCGGAGGCGCCAGGGGCUCUGCAGAGGCCCUGAGAAUCCGGGGGGCCAGGGAGGAGGCGGGAGGGCAGCCGUGCCGGGGCCCGGCCUCCCAGCUCCCCCAGGGCCUCUGCAGGCUUCCCAGCCAUCCACUUCACCAUCCACUCGGGUCUCUCCUAACCCCACCACGCUAUCCCUUCUAGUUGAACUAACAUAGGUGAAUGCGUUCAAAUCAAAGCAAAAUUCACACCCUUUUCUUUUUGCGGAAAAUUGUCUCUGUACAUGUAUGUACAUAUUAGAAGGGAAAGAUGUUAAGAUAUGUGGCCUGUGGGUUACACAGGGUGCCUGCGGCGUUAAUAUAUUUUAGAAAUAAUAUAUCAGAUAACUCAACUAACUCCAAUUUUUAAUCAGUUAUUCUUUUUUCUUUUUAAAGAGAAAGCAGGCUUUUCUAGACUUUAAAGAAUAAAGUCGUGCUUUGGGAGUUCUAACGGUUUAGUAAGGAGCUUCAAGGCCACCCACACAAAAUUCACCCAGAGGGAAAUCUCGUCGAAAGGACACUCACAGCAGUUCUGGAUCACCUGUGUAUGUCAACAGAAGGGAUACCGUCUCUCUGAAGAGGAAACUCUGUCUCUCUUCAUCCCUGUCUAGCUCACACACCCAUUUCUCUUUGCUUCACAGGUUUUAAACUGGUUUUUGCAUACUGCUAUAUAAUUCUCUGUCUCUCUCUGUUUAUCUCUCCCCUACCCCCUCUCUCCCUCCCCAUCCUCUCCAUCCCCAUUCUUGUUAAUUCCCUCAUCCCUCUGUCUCAAUUCUCAUAUCUACGCACCCCCCAGGCAAAGCAGUGCUCUGAGUAUCACAUCACACAAAGGAACAAAAGCGAAACACACAAACCAGCCUCAACUUACACUUGGUUACUCAAAAGAACAAGAGUCAAUGGUACUUGUCCUAGCAUUUUGGAAGAGGAAAAACAGUAACCCAUCAAACCAACCAACCAAACAAAGAAAAAUUCCACAAAGAAAGAAUGUAUUUUGUCUUUUUACAUUUUGGUGUAUAAGCCAUCAAUAUUCAGCAAAAUUAUUUCUUUCUUUUAAAAAAAAAUAUGGAGGAACAUAGCAAUUUACACGAGGUCGUUGGCCCAGGGCGUUAAAUUUACAGAUUUUUUUAACGAGAAAAACACACAAAAAAAAGCUACCUCAGGUGUUUUUUACCUCAGCACCUUGCUCUUGUGUUUCCCUUAGAGAUUUUGUAAAACUGAUAGUUGGAGCAUUUUUUUAUUUUUUUAAUAAAAAUGAGUUGGAAAAAAAUAAGAUAUCAGCUGCCAGCCUGGAGAAGGUAACAGUCCAAGUGUGCAACAGCCGUUCUGAAUUGUCUUCCGCUAGCCAAGAACCUAUAUGGCCUUCUUUUGGACAAACCUUGAAAAUGUUUAUUUAAAAAAAAAAGUGACAAAGAAAAACAGAGAGAGAAUAUUGGAGAUGUCCUGAAUUUCAAUAGGGUACGCGCCAUUAGGGCUUUUUGCGCUAAAGGAUGAACAUGUACUGGUUUAUGUGAACAAGCCAUUUUACCACCAGACUGCAAUGCCAGUUUCCUCUACUGCAAACAGUGUUCUGUGACAAAAACAAAAACAAACAAAAAGAAAUAUAUCCAGCUAACAAGAUCCUGGUGUCUUGGUCUCUUAUUUUACUAAGUAUCACCCAUCCCAAAGUGUCAGCUGAAUUCCACCUCUGAGGGGACUUCAGGGAAAUGGGUGGCAUAUACCGUCAGGUCUGGGAAGCUACACUGAGGAGGCUGGCUUCUCCAGGCAGGUCUUUGGGAGAGAAGCUAAACUAGGUCAGUGGUGCUCAGACUGUGCUCCUCAAACCAGCAGCACCAGUAUCACCUGGGAACGUGUUAGAUAUGCAGGUUCUCAGGGUCCACCUUGGGACAGAAAUUCUAAGGGUGGAGGGUGGGCCCCUGAGCAGUCUCCAUCAGUGAGCCCUCUGGGUGAUUCUGAUGUACACUGAGGUUUGAGAACCACAGAACUAGAGAGCUGGAUACUGCACAGUAACUAGGUAAGGCCAUCCCCUAUCUUAAGAAACUUUAAGUCUGGCCAGGGAAGGAGCUUGCUUUUAUGUGGGGGGAAGGAAGAGGAUAAUAUGCCUGACAAUUUAAGGGAAGAGGUACUUCCUUCACCCCUCCCCAGAAACCCAGUUGUAUGUCAGGAGAUGUGGUGAGAAGGCCUGGACAUCCCUUCUAUCCUGGUUAGUUUCCCUCCAAAUUUGCCUUAAGACAAUCUCGUUUUCUCCAACAUGGAGCUAUGGAAAGGAAGAGGUUGUUUGCAAAUUGGAAGACGAUUCCAGCAUAGAGAACUUAAAAACAUGAGAAAAAGGAUCGAUAGAAUAGAAAUUUGGAGGGGUUUCAACAAAAGAGAGGAAAUGAUUAGCCCUAGACAGAAGUCAUCUUGACAGGUAGCAAGGGUAGAAGAAAACACUGGACUUCUAAGGGAAGCAGGGGAAAAUUGAUAACCUGGCAUCAGCUAGGGUGUGAAUGACUCGGUGACUGAGCAGACAGAGAUAGGAUGAGGACUUACGGAGUAUGAAAGCAUUUGGCCUAGUCUUAUUCCUGUAUCCCUGGGGAAGGACAUGGGCAACAGGCAUCCCCAUGUGAACGACGAUGAGGGAAGCCCACAACUGUAGAAAUUCAGAGACCAGCCUAAAUUGUACACGCAUCCAAAUCUUUCACUGUCUUAAAGCCUAAUGGAAAUAUCUUUGACCUGCUACCGCUAAUGUCUAAUACCACUGCUAGCAAAUCUCCUGAUGUUUACUGUCAGCUGUUGCCACCUUUUAUUUCUUCUCUACAUUCCCCUUAAGGUGCUGGUGAAUUAAAAUGAGACUUACCCCAUAUGCAUGUUAAUUUUCUAUUCUAGCUCACAUCAGCCACAUAAGUCACUGUCUCUCUAGAAGCCAUGAGUGCUCUUAAUAGCUCUUGCUCUCACAGAAACAGCCAACAUGAGGAGAAACCUCAUGGAACAACUAUAUUCUAACUUGACCUCGAUUCUCCUGCGUUCUCUUGUAAAAGCAGGGAUCCAAGGUACUUGGUUUGUUCCCAUUUUAAGAGCUAACAUAAUCUCAGAUGUGGCUGACAAUAAACAGUGAAGAAUA